CAGUCAGCAAGUAUUUCCGUGAUGCUAAAAUCGAAAGUUUUGUCAGUGAUAGUGUUCGUGGGGCUCGUCUUCACUCUGAACUUCUUGUACCAACAUGGUCAUGCAAACAGCAGCUUAAGAGAUGAAACGUUUGAGAGGCAAGGGAUUAUAGAAGAGCGCUUCCGAAAUCGCCGAGAAAGAGUGCUCAAGACCUGUCGAACAGCACAGAACAUGGAGGACGUAGUUUGCACCCUCAAUACACGUGUUUUGUACUUUUGGAAUUAUAACGCCAGUAUUUGCACCAUGGGGAAGGUUAGCUCGGGCACCUGGCGUUCCCAUGCACAAAGAGUCAAUGAAAUCCGUGGCCAUCCCAUGUAUGACGGCAGACGCCGGAGCCUCCUCAGGAAACCUUGGCAACAGAUUAUAGACUACAGUAAAUCUGUGUCCAGAUGGAUUACCGUCAGGCAUCCUUUAACCCGCUUAGUGUCGUGUUACCAAGACAAGUUUCGAAAUGGAUCGAAUUUUCCUGAAAGGAAGAGAAAUGUUUUGGGGGAAUUCUUGUUUCCAGCACUUCUAAGCAACGGUUUAGUUUUCAAGUCUCAGAACUCCUAUGCCUGGAAAGACUUUCUAGACAAGAGGAAGAGGUCAGUCAAGAUACUUAACGCCAAGGACAAGCGAGGCCGUUCGAGUGUGACUUUCACAGAAUUUUUAAACCAUGUUGCUCACACAUUCGAAGAAGGCCGCAUCAACAGGCACUGGAAAACGUACGGCCUCCUGUGUUCACCAUGCUUCUUUGACUACGAGUACAUAGCCAAGACAGAAACGCAAGACCAGGACUUGGAAUAUUUGUUCAACAGAUUUGGCUUCCCUUCAGAUCCGCAUCAGGCCGUUAAGGUCAAAGAAGACGUCCAAAGAAAAACUGAAAAUGAUUUAAGAUACUACGAGACUGUUCCGAUGGAGCUGAAGCAGAAAAUUUACAAUAUCUACAAGACAGACAUGGAGAUGUUUGGAUAUGACCUCCCUCAAGACUUCUGGAAGACGCCAUGA